GAUUUUUUAUUUACAGUUUAGUUGUUUAAGCGGUGCUUGGAAGUCAGGCUUGUACGCGUGUUUAGCAAGUGUUUCAAAAAAUUAUCAAAUAUUUAUUUUUUUGAUUUGUUUUGUAUUUUAUUGAAAUGCUGCUAGUAAUAAACAAUUAUUGAGUUCAUCAUCAUGUGUCGAAACUUGUUUGAAAUGCGCUCAAAGCGCCUGUUUGUGAAAUUUGUUGUGCUGUUCAGUGCGUUUGUGGGAAUAAUUGAGUGUAAUUUAACGCCCCGCAAUAUAGCCUUACACGACUAUCCAUUGCAAGAACACACAGUACAAACUAGCGAUGGUUAUCUUCUCAGCAUCUAUCGUAUACCAGCAGUGGCGAGAGCACAAAAGAACGGAGUCGUAUUACUGCAGCAUGGUUUCACACUCUCCUCCGACGUUUGGCUGCUGCGCGGCCCCAAAGAAGACCUGCCUUACUUAUUAGCCGACGCAGGCUAUGACGUCUGGCUGGGCAAUCAUCGUGGCAAUGAAUAUGGUCUCAAACAUAGCAAUUUCGAUCCCACUUUGGAUAGAGCACACUUUUGGAAUUUCACCUGGCACGAGAUGGGCUACUAUGAUCUGCCGAAUAUAAUGGAUUACAUACUUGAGGAAACAGGUGAAAAGUCUUUGCACUAUGUGGGUUAUUCACAGGGUGGUUUGGUAGCGUUGGUUCUCUUGAUGACACGCCCCGAAUAUGCCGGAAAGUUUAAGUCCAUGCAAUUUACUGCACCUACUGUAUAUAUGAAGAAUCUCAAUGCACCGGUGCCUGCGUCAUGGAUUGGUAAGCUACGAGAAUAUUUGUCACGCCUACAUGAUUGGUGGGGCUAUGGUGAAACGCUACAAUUUGCGCGUUGGAAUUUGCAUAAACGCAUCUGUAAGGUGGCUUGUGCUGAUGGCUCUUGGUUCAGACCAAUAUUCACGAAAGUAUAUAGUAUGCUCGGUGGACCGGUAGAUGCGAAUGAGAAUUAUGAGCACAUCUUAACGGAUAUUUGCGGUAGUGUACCGGUGGGCGCGUCUAGCAAACAACUCCUGCAUUAUAUGCAACUAUACGCCACUGGCGAUUUCAUGCAAUUCGACUAUGGUAGCGCAGAUCGUAAUGUACGGCAAUACGGUCAAGUGGCGCCACCCAGUUACAAUGUGAGCACCAUCCAAAAUUGCAUCUCCAUCUAUUACAGCGAAACUGAUAAACUGUGCGGUCCAGAAGAUGUGCGUCAACUCGGUAGAGACCUACAAUGUGCAGAGUUGCAUCGUUUGCCUUACCCAGCAUGGAAUCAUGGCGAUUUUGUUUGGUCGCGCUAUGCGCGUCUCGCUUUACAUGAACCCAUCAUAGCGAAAAUGAACGCUUGGCAGGAUGGCGUAAAAAGUUUAGGCUAACGGGUUUGUCUAAAAUUUGUAAAUAAUCCUAAAUUUUCUCUUAUUGAGAAGUUGGCUAGUGUAAAUUUUAAUAAUUUAUUUGUUCUCAAAAUUAUUGUGCAUUUAAUAAAGUUUUAUUUAUAAUGUC